AUGUCCAUGACGGCUGUGGACGGCUGCCUCCUAUCAUCCUUGGCACCAGAAAUUGUCUUGUUUUCUGUGGUAUCUUACUUAGACGGAAAGGGUUUGGGAUCCUUGUGCGAGGCGCUGUUGGCGUCGAAGAAUCAACACGCGUUUGCAGCAACUUUAAUACGCCAUGCCAUGGAACAACGGCAAGAAGCGGCAAUGGAUUGUGCGCAUGCGGUUGGCUUUGUACACGAGUUCAUGCAACCCAGAUUCGAAGCAUGUAGCAGCAGUAUCACAUGUGCUUCCACGAUGCGUCAUGUUUCAGAAUGGUGUCUCUUGUGGGACUAUCUUUGUGUUGUCUUACGGCAACGACCCCGUGGCACUGCCUCGGUGUCAAGGUUGUUCUGUCAAGAAACAGAUCGAAUGGGACCUUUGCUGUGGCCUGUCGGAGUGGGCGUGUUUGCCGUGAACACGGGUCGUCAGCCCCUGCAAACCAAAGUAAUUGUCCACAGUCCAAGAUGGGAUCCCGUGGCCAUGGAAAUCUGUUCUGAUAUCUUCAGGAAGAACAAUAAACCGCAGUACUUUGCUUGGCUUCCAUCGGAAGGUGAUCUCGAUGGGUUCCUUCCGGAUGAGAAUAUUGGUUUUAUCGCGCCCUUUGAUGACAACAAUCAACGAACCUUCUGCGCGACACAAGCGCUAACUCGCAAUGAUGACUUUUUGCCAGCCAUGGGAAGGGCGGCUUCAUCAAGUCUCACCAUUUUGCCCGCGCUGGAUUGUCCCAUUUACGGACCAUUGCUGCAACACAUGCUGACAUCUUCGGCCACAAUGCAAUUUCUCGGCAAUGGCAGUAGCAGUGCGAAUAGAGACAGCAACAGUAUUCCUAUGAUGAUGGGCUUUUUUACUUCGGAUCUCAAAACCAGAACUGCCGUCGACCGGGGAGACGUCCCUUUGAUGGACCGAAUAAAACGUUUGAUGGAAGCCCUCGAUCAUGAAAGAUGA